UGUUCGUGCUGGAAUGUGUUCCGUGUAGGCACAGUGUAAAGAUGGAGUGUGUGAAUAAAGCGGGACAUCUGAUGAGUCUGGCAGCUCUACAGCAGUACGAUCCCUAUAUAGUGAAACUGCUGGACGUCGCCGGACAGGUCGCGCUCUAUACUUUCAACUCCAAAGCAAACGAAUGGGAAAAGACAGAGAUCGAAGGCACAUUAUUUGUUUAUGCCAGGUCGGCAUCUCCCCAUCAUGGCUUCACAAUUAUGAACCGUCUGAGUACAGAAAAUUUAGUGGAGCCGAUCAAUAAAGACUUGGAAUUCCAGCUCCAGGACCCUUUCUUACUGUACAGGAAUGGCAACUUGGGCAUCUACAGUAUCUGGUUCUACGAUAAGGCCGACUGCCAGCGGAUUGCGCAGCUCAUGCUACAGAUAGUCAAACAGGAGGCGUUGCGAGUGUCUCCUGACAGAGGCUUGAGUGUCAGGACGAACGGUUGUGUUCAGACCAGACCCACAGAUAUCCUGGAGCUGCUCAGCAAGGCUAAAGAGGAGUAUCAAAGGAGUCAGUCAGUUGAGAGAGAUGAGGUGAGCUCUGAAGCUGUGUCACAGGAGAAGAGAGAGGACAUCACAGCAGCUCAACAUGAGAAGUCAGGUCACUCAGUAGUGAAGCAGAUCACAGUGGAAGAGCUUUUUGGCAGCUCUUUGCCCAAAGAACCGUCCCAGUCAACAAGCUCCACUGUGGGAGAAAGCAUGCGUGGGUCUGCGUUUGCCCCUCCGCCUCACUCGGUUGAGCCUCUCCUCGCUCCUCGUAUCUCAGCUGACCCGGGAGGCCCAGCGUUGGUCUCUCUCUUUCAGGGUUGUGGCAACCGAGAGCCACGACCGGCUGCUUCAAGUACGGAGGAGAGUGGGAGCAGGUCCGCCAGUCAGCCUGUACGUCGUGGUUCGGCUGGUCCACUUACUCCUGCGUAUAUAAAUCCUCUCACAGAUGCUCAUGGGAUGCCUGUGUCACUGCCCGGGUUCAUGCCCAGCCCACUAGUCACCCCACAGAGCUUCAGAGAAUCUGCCUGUAAAGUUUCAGGGCCCUUUACUGGAAAGGCUGCGUUGUCGGCACAGGUGAAUACUCCAAGCAGUGUUUUCACGAGUAAAGAGGUGAAUGCGUUUACACAGUCCUCAACUCUGGUCAAACCCAUUCCAGCGGGGCCAGUUGUCCAGGGGGAGGAGUCUUCACUGCUGUUGUCUCCUAGUGUGUUCCAGCAUUCCGUCACAAAGACAACCGAGCCACUGAAGAACCCCACCUCCCCGACAUCGCCCACCGCCCCCUUUCCCACAGCAGACCUGCCCUCUUCACUGUACAGUCGCACACACCUUAAAGAUACGCUCAUUCAUCUCAUAAAGAAUGAUGCCCAUUUCCUCAGUGCAAUCCAUGAGGCCUACAUACAGAGCAUCUCUAAAGGCCUCAAUAACAUCAAGUUAUAGCCACAAACUGGAAAAAAAAACAUGGCAUCCAGCGGGAGCCGUCUCAGAUUCAGCCUGAAGCUUGACCACAUCCAUGUAAAUUGACACUGCUGACGACACACCUGAUGGCUGUUGGGCCGAUGUCUCACUCCCAGUGCCGCCCGUAUGAGCAGCAGUUUCCCAAUUCCUGGGCCCUCUCGCUGAGCUUUCCCACUUGAAUCCUAAUUUACGUCCAUCUGCCAGUCUAAUUUUUUCCAGUCAUUUUCUGUCUAUGACUCCCAGCGCAAUUAUGUACAAUUAUGUUAAGGGACUUGUGCAAUACGAAGCAUUACUUCUUUGGAGAAUUGCUUUUCAUUUCUGGUCCUGCCUUAGACGUACGGAUAUGAUCCAGUACCCCAGUCUCAAUAGUGUUUUACUGUUAACCCAGUAUCGUGGUUUGCAGCAUUGGGAUUCUCUAUGACUUCCCAGCAAAGAUGGAUUUGGAGUAAGAUGUGCACUUAUUUCCUCUUUUCUUACAAACUUAGUUGUAUAAUUUGGCCAUAAAAUGAAUAAAGGUUAGUAGAGUUAAACAUGUUUUCACUUGAUACCACAGUUGAACCAUUGUGUGCAGAUGGCAUCAGUGUACAGUUAUGGUGCCAUGUAUUGCUUUUUAAAGUUGCAGACAGAUUGAAAUAUGAAAUAGUUUAUUUAAAGUGAGAUGCAUCAAAUCAACAUUUCAGUGUAUCUGAACUAAAGUGUCUUGCAUAUCAGCUAAAUUAAGACGUCUUUCUGCUGGUAGUUGUUCUCUGUAUCAACAGCAGAAGUAGUAGAUAAGUUUAACAGAAGCCACAAUUGGUGAAUUUAAUCAUUUAAAGUAGAAUGAUGUUUUUUUUCUGCUUGCACUACUAACUGGUUCACGGUGUUUGUUUGACAGGAAUAGUAUUUAAAUUCACACAAGGUUAAUGUACUUAUUGUUUGUUUACACUUUUAAAAAGCUGUCUUGAAAGGGAAUUUCAUUCAGGGGUUUUUUGUACAGUUUGUUUUAUCAUGGAGUAUUUUAAAACCUCACCACAAAUUAAUGUAGUGAUUCAGCGUUGCGGCAGCUGCAAGGCUGCGUGCAUAAAGAGGAACUCUCAAAUGCGUCGGGAUGCUCUGUUACAAUGGUUUGUCUUGAGUUCAUGUGCAAAUAAACUAUUGCCAUAAUUCA